AUGAGACUUCACGAUGGAAAACUAAUCAAGGAUCGACGGCACCACCUGCGCACAUAUCCAAACUGCUUUGUGGCACAGGAGCUAAUCGACUGGCUGGUGAGCCACAAGGAGGCUUUGGAUCGAGCUACAGCAGUUUGUCUCAUGCAGCACCUCAUGGACCACGACAUUGUUCAUCAUGUCUGUGAUAAGAGCCCUGAAUUCAAGGACGACAAGCUGUUGUAUCGUUUUCGCAAGGAUGACGGCACGUUUCCCUUCAACACAGAGGUGAAAAUCUUCAUGAGAGGACAGCAGCUAUAUGAAAAUCUCAUAGCAGACAAAAACUCAAUCCUGCAGUUGAGAGAGGAGCAUGGGGUUUCAUAUCAGCGCUCGUUUCCAGGCUACCAGCUGAUCGACUGGCUCCUUCAGAAUGGAGAGGUAGAAAGCAGACGUCAGGGAGUGGACUUGUGUUGGGCGUUGCAGGAGCAUGGCAUCAUUCAACAUGUGACAAAGAAGCAUGACUUCUUCGACAGUGGGCUCCUCUAUCUGUUUUGCAUCAAUUUCCGGCGCCGCCGGCGCCUUUCUGAACUGUUACAUGAAAGGGAGCAGGACAUUGAUGGGACAUCCACCCAAGAGGAAAACAAUGUCGACAGUCCAUUUUUUCUACGCAAAGACUCAAUUCAGGAACAUAACAGCUCUUUUCAUUCUGGGCCAAGUAAAGACGUGAAGAAGAUUACAGGUAGUCGGCGUUCCAGCUUGAAUUCGCUUCAACUUAAUUGUGGUGGAUAUCAAACUCUUGUUCAGCUCUCUUCAAACUCGAUCGUGAGAUCCAAUCCUAAAUCAGUUUUAAAAAGACAUGUCACAUAUGAAGAGUUACUGGCCCCUGGAGCACCUUUCAUCAAGAAAGUUCUGACGGUGAUUGGGGAUGCACUGGGCUGGGGUAUUGUUGUCAGGGGCAAAGCUCCCUGUUAUGUGCAAGCUGUGGAUCCUGGGAGCCCUGCAGCAGCUGCUGGAGUUAAGAUACGGCAGUUUGUGUGCCGGGUGAAUGGAAGGUGUGUUCUUCACCUGGACUACAAGACAGUGACCAGACUGGUGAUGACUGGACCUCGUGUUGUUGUACUGGAAGUUAUGGAGCAACUGGAAUGAAAACAAUGACUGAACAACAGCAAUAAAUAUAAUAAUAACAAUAAUAAUAAUGCUUUUCUGAUAUUUCACAAAAGCAAAGUUAGUGUACUCUUUUGUGUUGCAUGUAAACUAUAAAUCUGUUAAUAAAAAUCUUUGGGAACAUCGCAACCG